AUGCGUACAAUGAGUUUGCACCAGGCAGUCGCGCUCUGCAUGGACCAUUGUGAUGCAUCAGGAGUUACAGGUGAUGAUAGCUUGUUCAAGACUGUAGUAUUGGCUGGAGGAAGCGCAUGUUUGCCAGGACUUGCAGAAAGGCUAGAGAAAGAACUGCAUGACCACCUUCUGUCUUAUAUAUGCAAUGGAUUCAGAGUAAUCCCUCCUCUUUGUGGCGUAGACUCAGCGUGGCAUGGAGCAAAGCUUAUCAGUAACUUAAGCACGUUUCCUGGUCCUUGGUGUAUCACAAGGAAUCAGCUCCGGCGCAAAUCAAAAAACUAA